AUGUGCAUAGGGAAGAAGGUAGAUCUAAGGAUAAGGGAAGAAGGUAGAUCACUGGAAGAAGGUAUAUCUAGGGAUAAGGGAAAGGCUGAAGUUGUGUGUUACAAGUGCAAGCAGAGGGGCCACUAUGCAUCAGAAUGCAAAACCAAGAAACUGAAAGAUGUUGCUUAUUAUCAGAAGAAGCUGGAAGAAGCAAAGAAGCAGGAACAAGUCAGUUUAAUUGUAGGGAAAGAUACAUGGCAAUCCGAAGAUUCUUCUGAUGAAGAAGAAGAAGAAGAAGAAGAAAUGGCAAAUUUCUGCAUUAUGGCACUUUCUGAUGAACUACCAGAAACGUCAGGACAGAAGAAAUCAGACAGUAAAAAAUCUGAUGAUUUGCAAAGGACCAUGAAUAAAAUCAUACUUGAAAACCAAUUACUAAUAGAAGAAAGUUUAGAUCACAGAGCUAAAAUUGAAUUCCAUGAAAAUGAAAGAAAAGAUCUUUACAUGAAAAUUAAUGAUAAGGAAAUUAACGUAAGAGAGGAAAAUGUGGUGGCAACAGGUGGAGAUCAGACUACUGAUAAAGGAAACCUGGUUGAGAAAAUUAAGAGUUUCUCAACAACUCAUGGAGAACCUGAAAAGGUUCAAGGAUAUGAGGAAAACCAGAAUCUGAAUGAGUUUCAAUUUUCUGGUAAGGGUAUAGAGAAUAUGGAUUAUUUCAAUCCUCUUAACCUCAGAACAGCAGAGAAUGUGUUUUCUGCUGGUGUUAAAGGUAGAACAUCUGUUGUUCCUCCUAUUACCCAAGAACACCAAUCUUUGUCAACUGAGCAACUACAUAAGAAACUUGAAGACAUAACUGCUGUUUGUACUAGGAAAACAGCCAUAGAAGGAAAACUUGAUCUGAUACUGGAAGAGAUCAGAAAUCAAAAGUCAAAUAUCAAAGUUUUAUCAGAAACAAUCAAAGAUGUACAGAAACAAACAGAAGACAACACUGCAGCCCACAACAAACUACAUGAGUCAUCAGAAAACAGAGAGGGCUCAUCAGAAUUCAAGAAUGCUCUCAAAGAACUGCAAGAAAUCAAGAAACAGAUGACUGAGGUUGCAAGUGCAGGGGAAUGCUCAAAUUCUGGAAGAAUCCUUGAAGAAAUUCAGUUUCUCAGAGCCAACAACAGCAGCAUGGCAGAGUUUUUUGAGAAGCUGAUGGUGGAACUGUCUGCACAGAAAGAUCAAAAUAAACUGGAAUUUCAUAGAAUGAAGAAACAAGAUGAAUCAAAUGCUCAAACUCUUGCUAAUAUUCAUCUGGUAGUAAAGAGGUUGCAGUAA